GGCAAGAUUUCAUCGCAUGGUCAUUAUUAAAAAAAAAUGGCUGGUGAGUAGCGAACUAGCCCUGCCAACGUUCGUCGUUAGUUAGUUGUUUAUUUUUCUAUUUACAAUCAUGUCGUUUUCAGAUUUAUACGCAAAGUAUAAUUGUACGUAUUGUCAAGAAGAAAUUAAUGGUGUACGCGUAAAAUGCGCUGAAUGCGUCGACUUUGAUAUUUGUUUGCAGUGUUUUUCUCUUGGCGCUGAAAUUGGUACACAUAAAAAUGAUCACUCCUACCAGUAUAUGGACUCUGGAGCCUUUGGCAUAUUCUUAGGUCGAAGUAGUUGGUCUGCAAAUGAAGAAGUUAGAUUACUAGACGCCAUAGAACAAUUUGGUUUUGGAAACUGGGAAGAUAUAGCUAAACACAUAGAAACACGGACUCCAGAAGAGGCCAAAGAUGAGUAUAUCACCAGAUACUUGGAAGGCAGUAUUGGCAGAGCAACCUGGGGUAACUUAGAAAGCACAAGCCGACCCUCAUUAAACACUGGUGAUAAAGAUGAAGGUCCACUGGGUCCAAGUGCUGUAUCCCGUUUACCAAACCUCGCAGUUACCACAGAUGAAGCCGCACAAUUAGGAUAUAUGCCAAACCGAGAUGAUUUUGAAAGGGAACAUGACCAUGAAGCCGAACAGUUGAUUUCGACUUUAUCUUUAAAUCCUGAAGAUGAUGAGUUGGAUAUUGCCCUAAAGUUAUCACAAGUUGAUAUUUACACCCGACGUCUAAGAGAAAGAACUAGGAGAAAGCGUUUAGUGAGAGACUACCAACUUGUGUCUGUAUUCUUCAACAACCAGAGAAAUAAACAGAAGACCCUCGGAAAACUUGCCAAAGAGAAAAAAGAGUUCACGGAGCGUGUGCGAUGGACGGCGCAGUUUUACGGGCGCGGGGAACAGCUGGGCGUGGUGGCGGGGCUGUGGCGUGAGCGCGAGCUCCGCGUGAGGCUGGCGGAGCUGCACCGGUACCGGCUGGCCGGCGUCACGCGCGCCGAGGAAUGCGCCCACUACGACCAGCACGCCGCCAUCCGCCGCCACGCGCCGCCACACCAGUGGGUGCCUGGAAACCAAUCAGACAAAAGAACAAACGCAGAACAGCACGCAGCCGCAAAGAAAAAGAGACGGAGAAAGCGGCUCAAGUUCCACCAGCCCAAGGUGCACACGGGACGGAAGUACCGCAUGUGGAUGCUCCAAAAAGAGCUCAUGCAGCAACAGCAACGGCGCAUGCUCGAGGCAUCUGCUGACCAAUAAUGAGAUACAGCUGUGUUCUGCGCUGAGCCUGCCCCCGGCGCAGUACGUGACGAUGAAAGGAGUAUUGCUGCGUCGACCGGCGGCCGCUGACGCUGACGUGGACAUCGCUGUACGACACUACCUGCACUCCGCCGGAUGGAUACGUAACUAAACCAACACCCUGUUUCACAACCACGUACGACUAAUUAUUAUUGUACGUUUACACGCUUGGCAAGUCUACACGACCAUCCACAAACACAAGCGUGUAAACAGGCUGUUUGACGUGGCUUGCAUGAGCUUGUGGGCGAUCGUAGGAAAUUUGUGUCAAGCGUUUGCAACGUAUUUACUAGUUGGCGCGUGUUUGUGGACAUUUGACAAGUUUCGGCAAGCGUUUAAACGUAUCAUAAGGUUUCAUUUAAAGAGUCGCGGCGUUUCGUGACUUCUUCGUACAUUGCCGCUGAAGGCCGCGGCAUUGGUCGCACAAAUUCAAACAAUCAGCAAUGUACAAUGAACGCACGACGCUCUUUCUGUAAACGAGGCCUAACACAUUUAAAAUUCUUUUCUCUUCCUAAAGUUAGUGCCCGAAAUUAAUGAUUCAGUACUGCAAUUCGACUUGAAUACUAUUCUGUCAGUCUAAAGAGUCGAAACCAAGAACUUGAUGACUGUAUCAUAUAAUUCGGGCAUAUAAAUACUUACAAGCAAUUGAUUUAUCAAUUAGGUCUGUUACAAAGGUUGAUUUUCUCCUUUGUAAUGUUAUAUCUCCUUCCAAAUUUUAACGACAGUCAUCGAAUUAAUUAUAUUUAUAUACAGUUUCAAAAAUAGAAUACAUAAUUGAUUGAACUCUAGCAACGCACUGAUAGACCGCUAGAUCACUACUACGUAUAUACAUAUACAAUAUAGUAAAAAACCAAGCCUUGAAAUUUUUUAGCGCGUAUUAAUUUUUUUAAAGCGAAUCCGUUUUGUUAAAAAUAUACAAAGCUACUAUAGAGUCAUACAUAGGUUGUGAAACAGGAAUUCCAGUCGUAUUCAUAGCUAUAACUAUUGUUUCAUAAUUAUAACUCUAAGCACUUGUUAAAAUUUUCAUAGAAGACAUUUUGAAUAGACAUUAUCUUUGAAAUUGACAUUCGUACACAUGAGAAUCAACGUCGUUUUAUGAUGGCAAAGUCAAGCGAAAAUUGCAUAAUAUCCCAUCUCCUAUAUAUUGUCAUCUUCUUCUAACUAUAUAGAUAUACGAUUUGAGUAAAAGAGACAGCAUAUCGAUAGUCAAGAUCACAUACAAUGUCUAUUUAUCUCGUCUAUAAGAUGUUGCGUAUAUUCAAAGUUAUACAGUCUCGGUGCUCGUUAUGUUUUAUAGGCACCAGUGUUCAUUAACAAGUUUUUUAAUUACCUAUACAUAAAAUACUUCCUUUCCUAUACCUACCGUGUUCAUUUCUGAUUGUAUCAUUAAUCAUUCAAGAUAUGAUUUAUAUCCUUGAAUGUUUCGCGCGAUUUUCCAAUGGCGCCACUGUAGCUUUUGGCUUAUAUGAGCUGCAGGGUUUGGAUAUGUGUAUUGAAAAUUUUCUAAGGAAGUAUUAUACUUCUUUAUUUUAUAACUAAUACGAUUAUGUGUAUAACUUGCUAAUGCACAUUGUGCUUUAUAAUAUUGUUUCAUUUUAGUUAGUUAAAUUGACAGUUUUGUCAAUGUAUAAUUUUGCACGAAGGUAACCUCAUGUAAGACUGCUCUUAUAGAGCAUUGUAAAUAAUGCCAAUGUAAAUAUGUAUUGUUCUUUUCGUCACCCGACUAUACGAUGAUUGUACAUUUCUUGGCGUUUAUAAGUAAGACGUUUUAUAAGUAAGACCCGCGUCAAUACUGACCCCAACUUUCAAGAAAGAAAAAGUUUAUUAAAAAUCCUUUGAUUGUGUAGUGUUUGAGUAGGAGAAUUACAAUUCGAUUUUAGAAUGACUGUACUAUACUAAAGUAAUUAUGCAAAAUUCAUUCUUUUAACUUCAAAAAUUAAGUUAAAAUUUCAUUGUACAGUCGGGUGUUACAUGUUAGUGUUUGAUGCCUUCUCCCAAUAUUAGGUUCCAGCAAUAAAGAGCAUUAUUUUGAUGGCCGACAAUACGUACAUUAAGGCUAAUUCAAAAGAGUAACGUACAAAUUAAAUUGAAAGUGUAAAGCAAUCUCGAAUGUUUUCGUGUUGUGAAUAUACAUAAUUAUGUGAAAAAAAGGGACUAGAAAAAGAAAUAUUCUUCGUAAAAUUGAAUGUCUAGUAAUAUAGAGCUCUAUGCUUAGCAAAAAAAAUGUUUUAGGAGAUGAAAUGCAUUUGUAAAUUUCCCUCGGCCAUCAGCUCGUGUCAUACUAUCGUACUGACUCCACAUAUAAUAGAUAGCCCCAACAAAUAUUGCCAAUCUGUAGUAUAACUGCACUCCAUUUAUAACACCAUACAUUUUGAAUUCUAUUUCGUAGACAUAAGGAGCUAAGCGAAAUGAUAUUUGCAAAACCAAAUAUUUGGUGCAGUCUUUUAUCCUUUAUCUUAUACGCAAUAGAAUACAAAAUACCUUGAUAUCGAUAGUAAUUGUUUUGAAUUUAUUUAGUUCUUGUAUCUUAAGGCAGAUGGCGCAACCUUCUAUCGUCACGUAUACGCGAUUUAGUUAAUUGUUUGUUGCAUUGCAACUUGUUGUAUGUGUCCGAAGGUACCAUACUGUUAGCUAAUUCCUAGAUAUAGUAGGUAAAUAUCUACAUUUAAAUACAGCACAAUAGUAUUCCGUUACGGUGUGUAACACAUAGAGUACCUGAUGGCUCCUUGUGACACUUACCAAAGUAGUUAUAAGGUUUAUUUUAGCAAAGCAAAUGACACUUCUAUUUCGCCAUAACACACUAUAUUCUGUCACUUAUACCUAAGUUACUGCUCUAUGAAAUUAUUUUGGACAUUUUGUUUGGUAAAAUUCUGCUGCUACUAUUAACAAUAGUUGGUAUAAAAUCUUCUGUUAGUCUUGACAAUUGGUAAUACCUCUUUGCUCUCUUCUUAAGGGAGCUUUGUCUAGUGUGUAAUGAAAAUUAGCGGCUAGUAAAAAACUCCUUAAAAAAUACCAGUUGCCCUACAUUGUGGUAGAAUAUAUUUAGUGUGUUUUGACCCUAAAAAUAAUCAAGUAUGCGCCGUAAUAUGACGCUUUUGUCAUUCUUUUGUAAUUAUUUUGUAAAAAAUAUCGGUAUGAUUGGGAACUUAUAGGUAUUUGUUGAAAUAUCAAUUUUUGUCAUGUUAUUCGUGAAGAAAAUCUACAUCGAAGUCCAAUGUUACUUAACUUUUGAUUAGUUGUAACAAUGGCUGUGGUAGACUGUAAUUUAUGUUACUAUAUAUAAUCUGUAUUUAUAGUAAUGUCAUACAUUAUAUUAUAAGGCUAAUGUUUUCCCUCAUACAAUAUGGAAAUAAAGACAAAAUUGUGAAGGAAACUUCCACGCGAUUUUAAAAGUUGAGUGUUUGUGAAGUAAUAUUAUUUUGAUCUCUCUUAAUGUUUAUUUGCAUUUUAUAAUGAUUAUUAUUUAAAAAUAUAGUUUUAUUUAUUAACGGAACUAGGUUUCUCCGAAUGAUUCCAAAAAUUUAAGUAGUUAAGAUUAACAUUUCCUGUCAUUGAAUGUGUGCGCUUAGUUCAUACCAGAUCGUAAGCUAUGAAGGAAUUAAGUAUUUUAUUGAUUUAAGAUGAUUGUAAAUUCUUGCAAUAAAUUUUUCCAUAUUAUGUUUACGUGGAUGAUUUUACCAUUAUUUUCGUAUUUAUGGGUAGUUAACGAGAGGUAAUGCAUGGUAUAUUAGGGAGCGUAUGAGUCACUAGUGACCGGUUGUAUCAGACUGUGUCGCCUUCCUUAAGAUAUUUACUUAGCGGUUAAUUAAGGGUAUUUCUGUGCAUUCACUGUUUGGCUCAAAUGUACAUAAGAUUUAAAGUACAACUUGAUAUUGUAAUUAUUACUGAUUUAUAAUUUAAUUAAAUGGUAAAUACAUUAUAUGUUUGGUUUUAUUUCAUUUUCAUUAUUCCUGAUUCAUUUCAAUUUGUUCAUAACUGGCUUUGGCAUGUCUUGUAAGGAAGCUGGCUGUGGACGGUUGUGAAACCAUUGAUGUCUAAGUGCCUGAAAAACAAUAAAUUCAAUCAAGUGUUUGCUUCAUUUCUUUGUUAUUUAAAAUAUUGAUGACGUCUUCAUUUACUGAUGCAAUAGUUCCUAGCUAAAAA